AUGUUCCCCAGAAUCACAAGAUCUCAGAACAAUGUGCCAUUAUCUAAUGGCAUCGCCUUGUUUUCUGACAAGGGUCUUGACUGGAUCGAAGAACGAACCGGGGAACAAGUCAACCGCGCAGAGCUGAGUUCAUUUGGAAUUUCAUGGACAAACUUGGGCCGGCUACGCGACGAGACAACUGAUGGUAUCUCACCUUCAGCCAGGUCCAUUGACCUGCCCCACCGAGAUAGCGCUGAGAGAGAUCUGAUGCGGUAUACAUCUUCGUUUCAGAGCCUUGUCUUCCCGGUCAUCAGCAAAACUCUGUUCAAGGGAACCUUAGACCUGGCUUAUGUAAGUCUUGUCGGGAUGGACAUGAACAACCACGAAGUCUUGGAUUUUGGGUCAUAUGUGUCAGGGGCUCAGCGGCUAGUGCCCCGGAUAACUCAAGAGAUGACGGUCGACGGUCUUCAAUCACUGAUCAUGCUGGGAGUCCAUAGAAGGCAACUUACACCGUACAAGGCGCAACUUCAGUACCUUUCGAAUGAUAUUCAAGCAGCUGGGAUUUCCAUCUCAAUUGCCACGCGACUCUUGUAUCAUUUUGGAGCCCACACCACCUCGGCGGAAGCGAAUUCUCUCAUGCAUCUGCCGCUAUACAACAAAGGUACACUUGAGUGUCAUCUGCGAGACCUGUUCUGGCUAUGCUACUCCUUCGACAAGGACAUCUGCCUCAGAACUGGCCAACCUUCAUCUAUCAAUGACUCUGAUUGCGAUCUAUCUUUGCCUUUCGAGUACGGUCGACUGCAGAACAUUAAUACGCACCGAGAUGGUCUUAAACCCGACGAUACCACACCUCCUUUAUUCCCUUGGGAUAUCCGGCUAUCCAUAAUCAAGUCGGAAAUAUAUCAAACUCUUUACUCUAACAAAGCUUCCUUCAAGUCGGCAUCUGAGGUCCUUGAGGGUAUUCGGCAUCUCGACGCUACAUUGGAACAGUGGCGGCUAUCCCUCGACGUCGAUGUUCGUCCAACGCUGUACCACAAUCCCGACAUGUCUGUUUCAAAGAACUUGAACACUCAAAGUGUGAUUCUCAGACUUUCGUAUUAUCACUGCGUGUUUAUGAUUCAUCAGGCAAGCGACCGACACAGCUUUCCAGGCCUCGGAGUUGAGGCCGAUUCAGAGGGGAUUCUCUCUAGCGUCAAAAUAAGAGCCACUGCAAGUCGCUCGAUAAUUUCACUUCUUCGGAUCAAACUGCUCUCAUUGAAAGGCGAGUCUCACUGGGUCGUUUUUUUCUACAUCAUAGCAGCAACUCAAUGUCUGUUUCGCAGUAUUCUCAGCGAGCCAUUGCAUUCUCAGAGUUCGCAGGAUGUCGAUUUGUUCGAUCACAUUCCCGCGUUACUGGGCAACAUUCCGAUUUAUCAUCUGACUCCUGCGGAGAUUGUGCAUUUGAAGUUCAUGACUGGUUACACAACGGAACUUGCAAGAUUGGGCAAAUGUGCCAUCUUAAAGGCCCAAAGAGAGUCUCGUGAUUUCCGAACUCCAGAUCUUCAAAUACAUCAAUGA